UUGCAGAGGCAGUGGAAUUCCAGUGAGAUAGUGAGAACUUGAGAAAUCACGCAGUUUCGGUGUGCUCAAUCGGUGGACUGACCUCAGAAGGUGUAAAUAUCUCUGUAUAUUUAUAGAGGAAUACAGGGAGAGAAGGUGACUAACCAUUAGGGUUCCAUCCGGGUUUCGAUAAUGAGUUUGUGGAAUUAGUUAGUGACGCCUCACAAACCCACGAAUGUCAAGCAUUCCUGCGUCGGAAUUUCACCAGUCCUCAAGAGCUUAAUCUCAUCAUUGCGAAACACAUCCAUGCUGAGAUUCAUCUCCUUACUCCUCAAGGUUUGUAGGUAUCAAAUAUUUAACGGGUUAUUUAAGAGAUUCACUCUUUAAGGGUCUAUUUCAAAAUCUGUCCAUACUUUAGUGGUAGAUAUAUGUAGCUUUGAUUAGGUUUUAUUGAGCCCUCAUUUGACUAUGAUCAAUAACGAGAAAAACAAGGCCAUAGACACACACCAUAGCAAACAAACUCACUAUUUAUUGUAUGAAAAGGAAAGUUAUAUUGUGAGUUGUAAGUUAACAACUGCUACAAAAUGAAUUAUGAACUCUUCACCCAAACAAAAUAAUGGUUUGAUGUGCUUUCAGAAAAGCCCUUAUUUUCGCUUGCACUUUCUCCGCACUCUCUGUCAGUCAUUCUCUCAGUCCACAAAAGGAGCAAAACCUUUCAUUCUCAAGAAAUGUGUGGCCUUGUUACUCACAUGCACCUCUUCAGAGCAAAAGCUGAAGCAGAUCCAUGCUUUCUCUAUCAGGCAUGGCGUCCCUCUCUCCAACCCAGACAUGGGCAAGCACCUUAUCUUCACCCUCGUCUCCCUUUCCUCAGCCAUGUCCUAUGCACACCGAAUUUUUACCCAACUUCAUAACCCAAAUAUUUUCACUUGGAACACGAUGAUUAGAGGUUAUGCCGAAACUGAGACCCCAAGGCCUGCUCUUGAUGUAUACAGCUGUAUGCAUAUGAAAUCCAUUGAUCCUGACACUCACACUUACCCUUUCCUUCUUAAAGCCGUUGCGAAGUUGACCGCUGUUAGUGAAGGUGAGAUGAUUCAUUCUGUUUCGGUAAAAAAUGGGUUUGAAUCAUUGGUCUUUGUUCAGAAUGCAUUGCUUCAUAUGUAUGCAGCUUGUGGGCGUGCUGAGAGUGCUCAUAAGAUGUUUGAUUUAAUGAAUGAAAAAAACCUUGUCACCUGGAACACUGUGAUUAAUGGGUAUGCACUUAAUGGGAUGCCUAAUGAAGCUCUGACCCUCUACAGGGAAAUGUGUUUGGAAGGUGUUGAGCCUGAUGGAUUCAGUAUUGUCAGCUUGCUCACUGCUUGUGCUGAGCUUUGGGCUUUGGGAUUGGGUAAAAGGGUUCAUGUAUAUAUGUUGAAGGUGGGCUUAGUUAAGAAUUCACAUGCUUCUAAUGCCCUUCUUGACCUCUAUGCCAAAUGUGGAAGCAUUAGGGAGGCUAAGUGUGUCUUCGGUGAGAUUAAGAAUAAGUGUGUUGUCUCUUGGAAUUCUCUGAUAGUCGGAUUAGCUACCAAUGGGUUUGGUCAUGAAGCGCUUGGUUUUUUCAAAGAGCUGGAGAGACAGGGCCAUGUACCAACUGAGGUCACAUUCAUAGGAGUUUUAUAUGCUUGUAGCCAUUGUGGCAUGGUAGAUGAGGGUUUUGCCUAUUUUAGAAGGAUGAAAGAAGAAUAUCAUUUAGUACCAAGAAUAGAACAUUACGGUUGCAUGGUAGACUUGUUGGGAAGGAACGGUUUGGUAAAGAAAGCAUAUGAUUACAUCCAAAAUAUGCCUAUGAAGCCUAAUGCUGUCAUUUGGAGAACCUUACUCGGAGCAUGUACAGUACACGGUCAUUUAACACUUGGAGAAAUAGCGACAACCCAAAUAUUGCAGUUUGAAUCCAAGCACAGUGGGGACUAUGUCCUUCUAUCGAAUCUGUAUGCAUCCGAGCGAAGAUGGACCGACGUGCAACAGAUAAGAACUGCAAUGCUGAAGGAAGGCGUGAAGAAAACGCCUGGGUUUAGCUUUGUUGAGAUGGCGAAUCGCGUUUAUGAAUUUGUUAUGGGAGAUAGAUCUCAUGGACAAAGUGAAGAAAUAUAUGCGAAACUAGAAGAGAUUACAAAGUUGUUGAAGGGGGAAGGUUAUAGGCCUCAUACUGAGAAUGUGCUUGCAGAUAUAGAAGAAGAGGAAAAGGAAACUGCGGUAUCUUAUCACAGUGAGAAGAUUGCAAUUGCGUUUAUGCUUAUAAAUACUCCUCCGGGAACACCAAUAAGAGUUGUCAAGAACUUGAGGGUCUGUGGGGAUUGUCACAUUGCCAUUAAACACAUAUCCAAGGUUUAUGGGAGAGAAAUCAUUGUGAGAGACCGCAGUCGGUUUCACCAUUUUAGAGAUGGUUAUUGUUCGUGUAGAGAUUAUUGGUAAAACAUUUUGGUUAAUAGCAUUGCUCUACUUUGUCUUUUAUUAGAAAUCUUCCAAAAUUAGCAAGAAUGUCAACAUUUUAAAUAUGGCUACUUUUCAUCUA